UUAACAGUUAUGAGAUUUUGAUCAAAUUGCAGCCAAUUAUGUCUCAAAUACUUAUCCGAUAGCAACAGAUCGUUAGAUGCACCGUGCAAUUGCGGCCGUUCGUUCAGUUACAAUCUAAACUUCAGUUGUUUUCCUUUUUUUCUUUUUUUUCUUUUUUUUUCAGUUGUUUUCUUUUAUGAUGAAUAUCUUUUAUUCAAGUUAGUUGUUAACACUACCGGUUUAUUAGUUGGUAGCAACCGCCAAUCCAAUCUUCAGAGCAUAAUCCUUUCUAAAACUGUUUUUUCCUUAAAAAAAGAAGGAGAAAAAAAAAUUCUAAUAGAAUUCCUUAUCCUAAUACCGUUUCAAUCCUAAUCCAACGAGGACUAAUGCCUAUAAAUAGUUAAAUACAACACCAUGAGCGUACCAGAUCACAUACACAACGAUAGUAAACAGAGAGAGAGAGAGAGAGAGAGAAAAAGAAAGAAUGGAGAGGCUGGUUAAGAUCAGGAGCUGCGACGACAAACUAAUGGAGGUGCCGGAGACGGUGGCGACCCGGGCGACGUUGAUAAAGAACGUCAUGGAGCUCACCGGAGACGACCCCGCCAUCCCGAUCCCACUAGCCACCGCUGAAAUCCUUGAAAAGGUCUUCGAAUACUGCACGAAGCACGCCGAAUUCGAGGCCGCCGGCGACCGAACAGAGAGCGACCUGGCCGCCGCGAAGCUGGAUCUCGAGCGCUGGGACCACAGCUUCCUGAACGUCCCUGUGAACACGCUCUACGAUAUCUCGACCGUGGCGAAUUUUAUGGUGGUCGAGGACUUGUUGGACUCAUGUUGCCAGAAGAUUGCGAGCAUGAUUCGGGGGAAGAGCGUAGAAGAGAUACGAAAGCUCUUUAAUAUUGAGAACGAUUUCACCCCUGAGGAAGAAGCAGAGAUACGAGAGGAGAAUAGCUGGGCCUUGUUAUGAAGAUGAAGAUGUGCGGUGCAUUGAACCCCCUGCUUUCUUUUUCCUUUUUUGGGUACAAUCUCUGGGCCUGUGAAUGCAAAUACGUCCUAGUUCUUGGUUCUUCUUUGGAGUGCAUGGCACUCGUUUGAAACGUUUUUCCUUUCUGUCGUUUUUGUGGGUCCAGGAUUUUCUUUGUAGUUGCAGGACUGCUGAAUACUGAUUUGGACAGUUUAGGAGCGAGCGUGUACUUUUUGCUUUAGCUGUUCUUGGAACUGUUUUGUUUGGAUA